GCCCAUCUCGCAACACUUAUCCAGCUGGACUUUGACCCGAUCGGGAACGACAUAACAUAACUGAUAGUGAUUAGCUAACACAUCUUGUCCGCACCACUCGAUCGGUUUUCUGCGGAAAUGCUCCCACGGAACGCCCAAACCGUACGUAGGUUGAACGUACUGAAGCGGAUUCUCACAAACGGUAAUAGCAGCAGUAGCGGUAGUUCUCCCGCGCUAUGGUUCCGCUACAGUUCCACGGGAGCUACCAUCCGGAUCGACGACGUGGAAAAGGAGAUUCAACCACCGAAACAACCGGAACUGGUUCCCAAUGGAUAUGUGAAAGUGGCAGAGUCCGGUGAAGCUCAGCUUUCGCAGACUCGACUGCACCACCUACGGUGGAUGCUGCAGAAGGACAACCUAGGACAGGACAUGAUCUUGCUCGGUAGACCGGGUAAUCUGCGCAGGAAUCUGAUUAUGCAGUACUCGGAACUGACACGGAGGGAAGUGGAGUACAUUCUGUUGAACCGCGACACGACCGAGAGUGACUUAAAACAGCGCCGGGAGAUUAUGGACGGUACGGCAACGUACUACAACCAAAGCGCGGUUCGAGCAGCUACCGAAGGACGAAUUCUGGUCAUCGAAGGAGUGGAGAAGACCGAACGGAAUGUGUUACCCAUUUUGAAUAAUCUGUUGGAAAACAGAGAGAUGCACCUGGAGGACGGGCGGUUUCUGAUUUCCGCCAAAAAUUACGACAGCUUGCUGGAGAGAUUCAACAAGGAACAGCUAGACAAGUGGGGUCUGGUACGAGUUUCCGAGGACUUCCGUGUGAUAGCAUUGGGAUUGCCAGUACCGAAGUAUCGAGGAUCACCACUUGAUCCACCUUUGAGAUCCAGAUUUCAAGCAAGGGACAUCAGUGAUCUGCCUUACUUGGACAUCCUCACGGAAUGCAAAACUUUGGCGAGCAACAAAAACCCCGAAGUCCUCACGAAGCUAACCUCGUUCGGCUUCAGUGUCCUUUCUUCGGCAUCCACCUUGCCGGACUUUCCAAUCGAUAACCUUCGCUACGCCGGAAUGCUGAUCAACAAUAACCCUCUGCUCACGGAACACAGUCUACUGAGCCGGCUCUACCCCUACCCGGUGUUUUUGGAAAAGGAAGGCGUUGGCCUUACCAAGUCCCUAAUGGACUCGCUAAAGAUUACCCCGAAUCAAACGCCCUCCACGGAAAUUACCAGUGUUGAGCCUCUGAGUGAAAAUGCCCUUACGGUCAACUUGAAGGUCAACACCAAACCGAUCAGUUUUACCAUGCGACGAGGCAAAUCCGACGUCGAAAACCUACCUACCAGCUACAAGAAGACCAACUACCAGCAAAACCUCCUAGCGGACCUCAUCCAAUCAAUUGCGGUGGGCGACAUCUGCCUGAUCGGUUCCAAAGGCUGUGGAAAAUCCAUCCUGGCAAACGAACUAUGCCGCCUGCUGAAUCAACAGGCCGAAACGAUGGUCCUCUACCAGGACAUGACAGCCCGUGACCUAAUCCAGAAACGUACAACCAAGCUCAACGGAGACACAAUCUGGCAGGACUCGCCCUUGCUGCUGGCGGCUCUAAGCGGUCACGUCAUCGCUCUCGAUGGCAUCCAUCGACUGCACCACAGUACCCUAGCGAUCCUACAUCGACUGGUUCACGAUCGGGAGAUGCAACUGUACGACGGUAGGCGCUUGAUGCGUCAUGAUCGCUACGAUCGUCUUCUCGAAGCAGGACUGAUGAAAGACGACCUUACGGCACGAGGAUUCCUGCGAAUUGAUCCAGCAUUCCGAAUCAUUGCCAUGGCAGAACCUCACCAAAAAAUCGGCACCAAUUGGAUUACCGCUGAGACGUUGAACCUCUUCCUGUUCCACGAGAUCCGAGGCCUUAGCAAAGACGAAGAACUCAACGUCGUCAACUCGCUGUACGGACCACUGGAUGAAACGAUGCACCAGAUUCUAAGUGUAGCUCACCACCUACGCGCAUCUGGUGACACCACCAUGCAGAACUUGGCGAGCAACCUUUCAACCCGACAACUUCUGCGGAUUGCUCGUCGACUUCACGAAUACGGCGAACAUUUAUCCGAUCGUUCUGCCCACAGCAUACUGCACAACACAUUCCUCACAAAAUUCAUGCCAAACGUACCCAGAAGCGUACUGGAGAACGCUCUGCGAACCUGUCAUGUGACACCGGGAACGGAAAGCCGCGCUGAAGAUGUCACCAUUUCGACCGACGACGGUGUCCUCCGCAUCGGGAACACCAAAGUACCAAUCUACCAAACGGAAGCCGUCAGCAAAGUCCCAGACAUCGUGUUCUACAACGUCCCACAACACGUCAAACUCAUGGAACGACUUCUACAGGACUUCACUCUCGGUGAACACCUGCUUCUGGUGGGCAACCAAGGCGUCGGUAAAAACAAAAUCGCCGAUCGUCUACUGCAGCUCAUGAAUCGUCCCCGAGAGUACAUCCAACUGCAUCGAGACACGACCGUUCAAUCGCUUACCCUUCAGGCCAGUAUCCGGGACGGUAAGAUCAUCUACGAAGACUCCCCACUGGUGAAAGCCGUCAAGAACGGCCACGUGCUCGUAAUUGACGAAGCAGAUAAGGCACCCAUUCACGUUACCUGCAUUCUGAAAACUCUCGUUGAAAAUGGGGAGAUGAUGCUUUCUGAUGGGCGCAAGAUCUGCCCACCCGCCAGAGGUACCCUUGCAGCCAACGACAAGCUGAUCUAUACCCACCCUGACUUCCGGAUGGUUGUCCUCGCCAACCGACCUGGAUUUCCCUUCCUCGGAAAUGACUUCUUCGCCGCUCUCGGUGAUCUAUUUUCCUGCCACGCCGUCGAUAACCCGUCUCCGAACUCGGAAAUCUACCUCCUCAAGCAGUACGGUCCGGAUGUUCCGGAAGCGACCAUCCGCCAACUGGUGGACGCCUUUUCCGAACUGCGAGACAUGGCCGACAGUGGAAUUUUAAACUAUCCGUACUCCACCCGUGAAGUGGUCAACAUCGUGAAGCAUUUGCAGCUGUUCCCCAACGACGAUAUGGCCGAACUGAUCGGCAACGUCCUCGACUACGACCGACACACUCCGGAGACACUGGAUCAGGUGACGAACGUACUACUCAAGCAUGGAUUGGCGAUCGCUCCGUACGCAAAGAAUGAGCUUGCUGCACUGCGUAAGCAACGGGAAAUCCAAAUGACGAUCAAAAGUCACAGCGGAAAGGGCGUUUCAGCACCGAAGCACGGCAAGGUUGAUCCGAACAAUGAUCCCCACGUAGGCGGCAAUACUUGGGCUGGAGGUACCGGAGGACGCGACACAGCUGGUUUGGGUGGCAAAGGUGGUCCGUAUCGAUUGGAUGCCGGGCAUAAGGUCCAUCAGCUGUCCGAUGCGGAGAAGGACGACAUUCCGGAACAUGUGAAAAUGGCAGCUAAGGAGAUGAACCGAAAGGCGUUCGAAGAAAAGUUGAAGGAGAUUCAGAUGAGCAAGUACGACCAUAAAGUCUACAUGGAGUUCAAGGGCCCGGUGCAGAAGCAGGUACAGCAGUUGAGGGUGACACUGCAGGCACUGCAGGCAAAGAGCAAGGAACGACAUUGGCAGAAGCAUCAGACUUCCGGCGAGAUGGACGAUACCAAGCUAGUGGAAGGAAUUACGGGUGAGAAGAACAUCUACAAGAAGCGGGUCGAACAGGAUCCGGAACCGGGACAACCGCAAGAGAAGCCGAAACGCUUAAAGCUGGUGGUGGACGUGUCCGGAUCGAUGUACCGCUUCAACGGGUACGACGGCCGACUGGAUCGUCAGCUGGAAGCGGUCGUAAUGGUGAUGGAAGCAUUCGAUGGAUUCGAGACGAAAAUCAAGUACGACAUCGUGGGGCACAGUGGAGAAGCGGUGGAGAUUCCGUUCAUCAACGUGAACAAUCCACCGAAGGACGACAAGCGACGGCUGGAGACGAUCAAGAUGAUGCAUGCGCAUUCGCAGUUCUGCUGGAGCGGCGAUCACACGCUGCCGGCUACGCGAAAUGCGGUCGAUGCCCUGGCCAAGGAGGACUGCGACGAGGCGAUCGUGGUGGUGCUGAGCGAUGCCAACAUGUCGCGAUAUGGCAUAUCGCCGAGAAAUUUCAACGACCUGCUCCAGAAGCAGGCCCCGAAGGUGCAGGCGUACGUGAUCUUCAUCGGCAGCUUGGGUGAUGAGGCGCAAUUAAUUGCGGAACACAUGACGGCCGGCAAGAGCUUCGUGUGCAUGAACCUCGAACAGUUGCCUCAGAUAUUGAAACAGAUCUUCGCCGCUUCCGUACUACAAUAACAACUGUUGUUUUGUUAAGUUGACAAUUUGAAUAUAUGGUUAAGUUUUUGUUACAGGGGUUAUAACUAAGGGUGAGUUGCAUUUGUUUGUAUGUAAAUAAAGUUAAGAGCUAUUAUA